GUCCACCCGUGUGAGAGAAGGCUGGGUGAGAACGAACUACCUGCAGUGGAUCAGAUUCGUGUUGGCAGGGUUUUGUUAGCUGCAAAUACACAGCGCGUGAGCCUGACAGAUGGGGAAGAUCUUACUGGAGCGUUGACCACCUGAAGCCUCAGAAUCUGCUGGAAGAAGAUGGGUUAAAUGUGUGGGCACAGUCACUGAAUCGCAGCUCAUUCCAGCUCACUGCCAUAAAAUAUGGCUGUGAAUGACAAACAAUACCUGUUCAACAGAAAGUUUCCAAAACAGAAAAUCCAAAAGACUUGAAAAGUCGUCAUCUUUGAAUCACCGAACAAUUGCAGUAAUGGUUUAAGUUUUACCAAGUAUUUGAAUGUUCCGUCCAAGAUUAUUCCGUCCAUAGAGCCAGAUUGUACUUCCUAGUCUUUGACCUUUUGACCUUCUGUGAUAAGUAAACCCUAAUCCUGGAAAUGGAUUCAAAAUCAAGUUCAAGAGAAGUACCCCAAAAUCCAUCAACAACAACAUCCGAAAAGAUGUUGUCCAAAUCCCUGUCCUUGGAGUCUUCCAUUCCAAGUAGGGAAAAGCCUUUUCUUAAACGUGGAGAUGCUGUGUAUGCUUCUGAUUCGGAAGAUGAAAUCAGCGAGGAAAACUUACCUGAUCCAAAGUUGUUGUUUCGGAGGAACAGUGAUGUGAGAAAAUGUGUCAGUGUUCGGAAACCUUUACGGAAUGAUUCCAAAAAUGCUCCUCAAAACAGAGAAGCUUUUAGGAGACAGAGAAGGUUUUCAACUCCAAACAACUCCUUUGAUUUAAACAAAUCCUUCAAUUUUGGGUCUGAAUAUUCUAAAGACAAAUCGGAAAGUGCUAAAGGUGUUCCAUGGGCAACUGAGGGCAAAACUCUCAGUCCACGAGGAGAGAAACAGGAAGAUGUGAAAAAGAGACAUGUGUCUACAAAUUCCGUUGUGACAGUUAAACAGAACAAAGACACUGUACCAGGAAGGACGGUGCCAGUAGGGCCGGCGCCAGACUCUCCAAGAGACCAUGUGAAAAGUGUGGAAAUUCCUAUGUCUCCUAACCAGGUUGAAAAUGGUAAAAGAAUGUCCCGAGUUGAAGUGCUUCUGAGUAACAGCUUAUUUAAGAAACAUUUAUCAAAUCAUGCUGAUAUUUUACAAAAACAUACCUUGUCGUCAAGGCAAUAUGGUUUGCGAAAGACAGUAUCGAACAUUGAUAUUUCUUGUUUGGAACUUGGCCAGUCUGUUGUGUCCAAUGUUAACAAUCAAAUUCAGGAUUCUGGAAAAUCUGAAUCAGGAAAGGAGAGCACAGAUUCAAAAAAUGAUGUCAAUUCACCAAGUGCUGUUAUCUCACGGCGAUUGACAAAACAAAUGCGAAGGACAUCUAUGUCUAGUCUAGACAUUUCUACGAUUGGAGAUUUUCUCAGUUUAUCACAGCCAAAUUUCAAAGAAGGUCCCAGUAAGAGGAAAAAAGUUAACAUCCCAACGUUUGAAGAAUUUCGUAAACUUCGGAGCUUUGUCUCCAAUAAUCGGCGAGGAAGUGCGCAAAUAUCCGAGCCACAAAACCCCAUGUCUUCCAUGACUGGUGAUGAUGUUUCUGGUGCUGACAGUGUACGAGGGUUGGAUACGAUAACAGAGGACGACCCGUCUGAACAAGAGCUAGACCAGAACAGGUCUGUGUCAAAUCUUGCCAAAACUUUAGCUCAAUUCAAACUGAAUAAAAGUGUGCCAGUUGCUGUAAGUACUGACAGUUGUGAAAAACAUAUGGAAGGGAAAGUGUCCCAAAGUGAUAUGAGCUGUGAUACAAGGACUUCGAGAGACGAGAGAGAUUUGACAGAAGAGUCUGUGAAAUCUCAGGUACUUGUUUCAUCAGGGAUGCCAUCUUGUGCAAUACAGGGAGGUAACUCUGGUGCUACUAACCUGAUGGAUACCCAGGAUGUGCAAUUGGAUGAAGAUGUCUUUUUGGAGAACACAGAUGCAAUAGACUCUGCCAGAUUAUGUGACCUUGCAGAGUCAUAUUCAAGGAAACAGCAGUCACAAGCAAAGAAGCAGUCACAAGCAAAGAAGCAGUCACAAGAAGGGAAACAAUCUCAGAAGGAGGCACACGUCAGGGAGAACCUACACUCAGGGCUACAGUCAGAUUCAAGGGAACAGUCACAAUCUGGGCCACAGUCACGCGAGGAUGUUGCACAGUCACAUGACAUCAUAUUAGCCAAUAAGGAUGUGAGGAGUAAAGUCAAGCCAGAAAGACUCACAGAAAAUGUGCAGUCGGUGUUGCGGUCUACUUCUGAUGUCUCCAUGUUGUCCGAGGGUCACAAGAAGCGGCUGGAGAGAAGACAGCGUCCCUACAAGAGUGAGCCUUUUGCUGAUGCCGAAACCUUCGGGAAUAUGACCCAUGGCUACAGACAUGGUGGGCGUGGACCCUUCCAGUCUACCCCCCAGAAAGAUGUACUCUCACUGCCAGGAAGUGUGUCCGGCUUAUCAGACACUCUCAGCUAUCCCAGCCUUGAGGAGCUUCAGGAAGGGGAGGCAACUGAGCUUGAGAGUGACACCUCCUCUGAAGGGACGUCCAAGACACGAAGCAAUGUGAGCACUACCAGCAAUGACAGUGGGGUAAUAGGCGGUGCUGAUGGGUCACAUGACCUCUCGUUUGAAACUAUCUCCGUUGACAGCCCAAACAGCAGCCUCAACAACCUAUUUCCCCGAUUGGACCGUGCUGGCAUUUAUUCAGACAAUGAAAUCAAGAAGAAACAACGACACUCAAGUAGUCCACAGACUGGUGAGACUGAGAAUAUUCCUUGCCCUGACUGCAACCCCCGGGCGAUGCCCCCACAGCUGGCCCCUGAUGAAGAUGUGCCUCCCCCUUGCCCCUGCUGUCUCAGUAUGCGCAGCGAGAGGAGGGAGACGAUUCAGGAAAUAGUGGAAACGGAAAUCAGCUAUGGAAGAGAUCUGAAGAUUCUCAGAGAUGAGUUCUACACACCAAUGAAGCAGAAUGUCAUGCUGACCAGUGACCAGCUGGAAGUGGUGUUCGCCAACCUGCACGAGCUGAUACAGGUCAACGAGCAGUUCCUACACAAGCUGCAGAACGAGGUGGCCACUGCCGCCAACAACAACGAGGAGAACCUCUCCAGUGUGUGUAUCGGAAACCUGUUUGUUGAGUCAUCCAGCAUGUUUCUAGCAUUUGAAAACUACUGCGUCAACCAGGGCCAGGCCUCCCAGUCCUUGGAGCAGAUCGAGAAGGAGAAAGAACUUCUUCACACCUUCCUCCAGGUCAUGCAGCGUGACAACUUCCUCCUGCGACGUAUGCAUCUGAAGUCCUUCCUCAUGGUGCCGGUCCAGAGAAUCAUGAAGUACCCUCUCCUCCUCAGCCGCCUGUACAAGUCCACUCCGUCUCUCCACACUGACAAGGAAGAUAUCAAGAUGGCUCAGGGCAAGAUUGAAGACAUUCUAGAGCACAUCAAUGCUAAAACCAAGUUGACAGGAUCUGGCAGUUUCCGAAUUAAGAGGAAGCGUUCCCAGUCUCGCAGGUACAGCCUUACCGAGAAGAUUGAAGUCAACAGGGUCGCCCUGGAGGUCCUGGGUUGGAACAAGAAGGAGGCAAAUGACCUGAUCACGAGCCGCUUGCUGUACGCCACACCCACAGAUCACACUUGGGCUGCCAAGAGGUGCAAGAAUCUCAAGUUCACAACUAUACAUGGAAUACUUCUUACCCUUGGCCAGGCAAAGCAUGAGAGACGAGAUCGUGAACACAACUUGGUGUUCCCAAGGCCGAGCUUCGUCCAGCAGGCUGCCGUGGUGCUCAUCAGGGAGAAGAAUGGGAAGUACCAGCCUGUCAGGGACCCUCUGAUGCUGGACAAGUGUGUGGUGACAGUCGACCAAGACUAUGAUGAAGUGUUUGAACUCCAUGAGUGGGGGCGAGAGGCUCUGGUCUUUAAGGCAGAGGAAGGCAGCAACACUAGGCUUUGGGUCCAGCAUCUGAAGCAGCAGACCCGAGACCUGGGCCAGUGGAGGAGGCGGCGGAAUGCACUGCCAAAUAUCAUGUUCAAGAACACCGUAUGACACGUCGGCCCCUGACCCCUGGAGGGUGUUAUACUCACAUAUGGUUGUCAUAUCACCAUCCUAUCCCAGCGAUGUCUUCAUCCUGAUUGUAUCGCGGUCAGCACUUGGACACAGCCCUUGCGUCAUCAGUCCCAAAUUUGUGGUGUUGACCCUGGCCUGACACGGUCAGUGAGAAACGUUGGAGAAGAAGUCUUGUGAGAGUUGCCUGCCAAGGUAUUGCACAAGAAAGCACGACAGAGUGAAGCCAGUUCUAACUUGACAUACUGGAAGAAGCCUCAGGCAGACUGAAGGAACGUGCACAGGGGAGGUUACUCCUGCAAUGAUUUGAAUCACAACCAGAACUGGUUGCAAUUUGUAAGGGAGGUAACUUGUCCCAGGUGUAAAGAAAUAUUUUUACUUGGACAGAGUAAUGUUUUUGCCAUGUGUCUUGCAAAAUGUCUUGCCAAGUUGAACUUAAGAGAAUAGUACAAGGCAUGAAUAAGUUUUGCCAGCACAUGUUGAUGUUAGUUUGAUGUGUAGGGGAGAUAACUAUCAGUCUUUGUUAGUUCGGGGAGAUGGACUACAGGAAAUAUCGUUUAGUGACAAAUAAUGUUUUAGGUGAUUAUGAUUACAUAUAAAUGAUACAUUUGAAUCUAUGGGAACUAGAGCUAGCACAUCCCAAUUCAUUUUUGGGUUACAAUGGUCAAUCUGUUAAAUGGUUAAACAAUUGCUGAAAAUAGUAAGAAUGUAUUAGUAAGGAUGAAGUUAUUGUGUAUAGCAAGAUGUGAAAACGUUAUUUAUUGAAAAAAACAUUCUGUGACAAUUGUUUUUCAAAAAGUGCUGCAAAAGUGCUAUUGUUAUAGAUUGAUUUAUAAUUUUUGAAAUAAGG